AUGGUUCACUUCUCCAAACUCAUUGGCACUGUUGCUGCAGCAUCUCUUCUUGCUCCCUCUCUUGCUCACCCCGGAGAACAUCAUGAUCACCAUGCCAUAAAGGCUCAGAUCCAAGCCCGUGAGAGACUUGCUGCCAAAGUCAGACGCUCCGUCGAUGCUUGUAGCGGGACCAGCGAGCAUCUCCAAGUCUCCGCUCGUUCUGCUGCUCGUCGUUCCAAGGUCGUUAGAGAUCUUCGUGAGAAGCGCGGCAUCACUGCUGCUCCCCAGAAGUUCAAGCGUGACCUGGCAACACUCGAGAAAUUUGAUGCUCUCGACCACAACCGUACCGACGAGUUCCAUUACGAUAUGCAUACUCCUGAACAUAUCAUCUUCGGCGCCAACACUAGUUGUGUCUUGAGCCCCGAAGUGACUGAUGGGCCUUACUACGUCACCGGCGAACAGAUUCGUAGUAAUGUCAAGGAGGAACUCUACUGUGACGGUGUCGAUCUCUUCCUCGAAGUACAGUACAUCGACAUCAACACUUGCCUUCCUGUUCCCAACGUCUGGAUAGAUAUUUGGAACGCCAACAGCACAGGAACAUAUAGCGGGAUUUCAACCUCUGGAAACUACGCCUCCGGCGGCUACAACUCGACCUACCUUCGUGGUAUUCAGCCAACUGAUCGUGACGGCGUGGUUCAUUUCGAAACCAUCUUCCCAGGUCACUACGAUGGCAAGUCGUGCAAGAACAUCAUCGAGAUACAUCCAGCUGACUUUGUCUGUCUAGGUCGUGCAACCCACACUCACCUGCUGUCACACAUGAACGUCACUCGCUUCCCCAACAACACCAUCUCUACGAACGGCAAUAUUACUCACAUCGGUCAACUGUUCUGGAACUCUGAGCUCCGCGAGGCAGUCGAACAAGUCUAUCCUUACAACACCAACACCCAGGCCAUCACCAGUAAUGCAGAUGAUAUGUGGGACAUUGUCGCCGCUGGAACAACCUUUGAUCCGUUCCCUGAGUAUAUCUACCUCGGCGAUGAUCUUUCAGAUGGCCUUUUCGCCUGGAUCCAGAUCGGCAUUGAUCCCACUGCAAACUACAUUGACGACGAGUACUACAGUGUUGCUGCCUAUCUGGAUGCUGAGGGUGGGCACGCUUCUUCAAACUCCUUUGUUGGGGGCGGUAGUGGUGGCGAGGGCAUGGGUAAUGGCACUGCUGGUAAUGCCACGUUGCCUGGCAACGGAACCAGCCCUGUAAACUCAACAUCUGCCUAA